AUGUGGGCGUUAUUCUUCUUCUUCUUCUUCAUCUUGCAUCUUCAAGUUGUUUGUUCAUCCUUUUCUCCAUCACCGAUACUCUGCUCCCCUGAACAAAGUGUUGCUCUACUUCAUUUCAAGAACACCUUUUCCCUUUAUGAAUAUGGUUCUGGGUUUUGCGAUGGGUAUCCUAAGACAGAGUCCUGGAAAGAGGGUAGUGAUUGCUGUUUGUGGGAUGGUGUCACUUGUGAUACAUUCACUGGACAUGUGAUUGGCCUCGACCUUAGUUCGAGUUGGCUUCGUGGCUCUGUCAAUGAUGAUAGCAGCCUCUUCCUCCUCCACCAUCUCCAGAAGCUUAAUCUAGCUUGCAAUAAUUUCCUUGAAUCACAAAUCUCAUCCAGAUUUGGUAAGUUCACCAAAUUAACACAUCUUAACCUUUCUGACUCCAAUUUGUUUGGCCUAGUUCCCACUGAAAUGUUUCUCCUAUCUCAUCUUAUUUCACUUGAUCUCUCCAACUCUGGCCUAAGUAUGGACCAACAUGGUUUCAAUAAGCUCUUGCAAAAUCUAACAGAAAUAAGAUAUCUUCAUCUUGACUCUGUUGACAUGUCUACUGUUUCAACUGGUUCUUUGGUAAACCUGUCUUCUUCUUUGAUAUCCCUCAACCUCAAGAAUACUCAGAUACAAGGCAAGUUUCCAAAAGAAAUUUUUCUUUUUCCAUUUCUCCAGACGUUAAUAUUGUCAACAAAUAGAGACAUCACAGGUAAUUUGCCAGAGUUUAACAAGUGCAGUCCUCUCAAAGUACUGGAUCUUUUUGGUUGCAAUUUCCAAGGGUCACUUCCAUCAUCACUUGGAAACCUUACAGAAAUCACCUAUAUGGAUUUGUCAUGGAAUGGUUUUACUGGUCAAGUCCCAACUUCAUUAUCUAAACUAGUCCAGCUCACUUGGCUAUCUCUUACACGCAACAAUUUUUCUGGAAAAUUUCCAGAUGUUUUGGGUAAUCUUAAUAAAUUAGAGACCAUAGAUCUCUCCUUUAAUAAUUUCAGUGGUCAGUUGCCAACAUCAAUAUUCAACGUGAAUGGACUUCUUUCCUUGGACUUUUCUUAUAAUCAAUUUCAAGGUCAAUUUCCUACUCAGAUAAGCGGUCUUCCAUAUCUAGGUGAUAUCAAGUUAAAUAAUAAUUUCUAA